GUGUGCAACGUUAUCAGUCCACCUUGAACCGCCGGAGCAGAAAGCUAGAUGAAUCGAAUAGUGGGUACUCUGUCCGUGCUGUUUGUUACCGCCGCCCUGGUGGCAGGACAAUUCCCUCCGAUUUGGGACGUUACGACCAGUUGUAACAUUCCGAAUGAACCGGACCAGGGAGCCUGUCAGAAUCCGGAUGACUGUUUCGCAUAUCAACAUAUCAGCGAUGUUGACAGUCUCAGUUCCGUUGGCCGAUUGAGUUUUCUUCGUGGAUUGCAGUGCACUGGAAUGGCGGAGGGGAUGAUUUGUUGUCCGCGGCAUGGAAGCGCUUACAGACAACCAAAAAUGAACGAAAGUCUUCCGAAAAGAGAUCGGGGCAAGUCCACGGUUGUGGUUAGUCGAAUGAAUGCUGAUACACCCUGUGGACAUCAGAGCUACAAUGAAAAGGUUCUAGGCGGUCAGAUUACAAAUAUUGAUGAGUUUCCGUGGACGGCGAUGUUGUUGUACGGUGCGAAGGGCACGAAUGAGGUUGCACCAGCCUGCGGAGGAGCGCUAAUCAGUAAAUCUUUCGUGAUCACGGCGGCACACUGUCUGGUUGGUCAAGUAAUACAGAAUAAGGGACCCUUAAAGUUCGUUCGUUUAGGAGAGUAUGAUCUGAAUAAGGAUCCGGAUUGUUUAGUGGAUGGCAAGUUCGAAGAUUGUACCGAUGGAAAAGUUGACAUAAAACCGAAACGUAUUCUGCCUCAUCCACAGUACGCAGCCAAAAGUUCAAGUCAGCACCAUGACAUCGGUCUUGUCCAACUGGAGAAACCGGUAGUGUUUACGGAUUUCAUUCAGCAUAUCUGUCUGCCGGAAGCAACCGCAGACCCGGCCGUAGGUGCCAAGUUGAACGUUUGUGGCUGGGGACGAACCGACUUUUUCCGCAAUGAGGUGCAAAGUAAUGUUGCCAGUCCAAUAAAGUUGAAGGUGGCGCUGCCUAUUGUUGAUCAUCAAAGAUGUAGGGAUAUUUAUCGUCCGCAUAAGCUGGCUCUUGGCAGUGGUCAAUUGUGUGCCGGUGGACACAAGGCUAAGGAUUCCUGCUUCGGAGACAGUGGAUCGCCGUUGAUGUUCUUCGAUAAUAAAAAGGGAACCUGGAUUCUGUCCGGGGUAGUCAGUAUAGGAGUGCAGAAAUGUGGCACCGAAGGUCAACCUGGAAUCUACACUAAUGUGAGGGAGUAUUUGGGCUGGAUUAAGAAAAAUACAGUGUAAUGUGUGAAUAAGUUUAUUAAAAUUGAUCGAUUAAUAUGUGUGUUCUUUGAUCCAUUGAAGAUAUUCCCUAACAUUGGUGAAAAUGCCAGGCUUACCGGCUAAGCCACACACCUCCGCUCCGCGGCUCACGAUUCCCGCCAAAACCCAAACCCCCUGUUUAGCAUCGAAGAACAUUAGCGGUGAUCCACUGUCUCCAGCACAGGAGUCUUCGUUCUUUUUACCACCAGCGCAAAUCUGACCUUUACCCAGAGAAAGUCUCUGAGAUUUGUACGCUUUGAUGCAGCUUUGUUGAUCUACGAACGGAAGCCGAGACUUCAUUUUCACCGGGCUUUUUCCCAGACCACCAA